CCGGGCUCAGCCGGGAGCAGCGCACCAUGGAGCCCCGCAGUAAGCGGCGGGCGGGUCUCGAACCCGCGGCCUCUGGGAGCCUGGGGGCCGGGGGAGCGCGCUGUACGCGUGCAGGCGCCGAACCCUUCCCGGGACCCCACUGAGCACGGUAGUCGCCACUCCUUCCUUCCGCCCAGUAGGUAGUUUGUUCCUUCAUCCUGAUGGUGCAGCAAGACUGGGUCUCCGGACAGCCCGCCUCCCCCAACCUUCCCAGCAACGUGUGGUCAAUUAUCCUCUCUCCAACCAUAGAGAAAUCAUGCCAUCCUCGAAGCCUCAUCCUCCUGUCGUUGGCAAAGUGACUCACCACAGCAUCGAAUUGUACUGGGAUCUGGAAAAGGAGAAACAGCAAGGCGCCCAGGACCAGUGGCUUCGGUUCUCCAUUGAAGAGGAGGACCCCAAAAUACACACUUACGGCAUCAUUUAUACGGGAUAUGCCACGAAGCACGUGAUUGAAGGUCUGGAACCAAGGACACUGUACAGAUUUCGACUGAAGGUCACUAGACCCUCUGGAGAGUACGAGUACAGCCCAGUCGUCUCCGUGGCAACGACCAGGGAGCCCUUAAGUAGCGAGCACUUUCAUCGAGCUGUCAGUGUGAACGAUGAAGAUUUGCUCCUUCGAAUGCUUGAAGGAGGCCAUGUAAAGAUUGACGUGCCCAAUAAGUUUGGCUUUACUGCCCUCAUGGUCGCUGCUCAGAAAGGCUACACCAGGCUUGUAAAGAUCCUUGUUUCUAACGGCACAGAUGUGAAUCUGAAGAACGGAAGUGGCAAGGACAGUCUAAUGCUCGCAUGCUACGCAGGACACUUAGAUGUUGUGAAAUACCUGCGGAGACAUGGAGCUUCUUGGGAGGCUAGAGACCUGGGAGGCUGCACGGCUCUGCACUGGGCUGCGGAUGGAGGCCACUGCUCUGUGAUUGACUGGAUGAUAAAGGAUGGCUGUGAGGUGGAUGUUGUGGACGCUGGUUCGGGGUGGACACCGCUCAUGAGAGUCUCUGCUGUGACGGGAAGCCAGAAGGUGGCAUCACUCCUCAUCGAGGCUGGGGCAGACGUGAACGUGAGGGACAAAACUGGGAAGACGCCUCUCAUGGUGGCUGUGCUAAAUAAUCACGAACACUUAGUCCAGUUACUCCUCGACAAAGGGGCAGAUGCAGGUGUGAAAAAUGAGUUUGGCAAAGGAGUCCUAGAAAUGGCCAGAGUUUUUGACAGACAGAAUGUACUCUUCUUACUAGAAGAAAGGAAAAGAAAACCGCCCAGGAAGUCCUCUGUCCAUUGACCAGAGCACCGCCCUUCUGCAAUGCCUGAGCAGAACCAAACCGUGCCUGCUGGGCUGGACAUACCACACGUGUGUCUCUGAGGGCUGAAGGUUUAUUUAGUUGGAAAUUCACAGGGACUUUUAUGUAACAGGCAACUGUUCCCACAUUGAAAUGCAUCUUUUUACCUAAGCACGUGCGUAUGUGGUCUCGUCACUGGGCGUCUCUAGAACAGGGAUGUUCUCUUUCCCGUGUGCCUUUAGAGUCAGACAUGAAACAAAAUAUUUAUGCACUGGAGCUACAUAAACACGCACAGGUGCCCCGUUCUGCCUCCUGCCUCCGAGUUGUCCUCAAGCCGCUCCAGGCCCGUCCCCUCAUGUGUUUCUUAUUAUCCGAGCCCGCCCUACUGCAGGCCAGGCGGCUGCCAGGCUGCCGUUGCCUCCCGCGGUGGACUCCUCCU